AUGUCUCCAGUCGCUCGUUCCCUUCUCCUCACUGUCGCCCUCGCUACCUCUAGCGUAGUUGCCCAGUAUGCCUCCUCCCCCUUGGCCUUCAAGAGCUUCACCUACACCGACCUUCCUGAACAAGCUCAACCUACCGCUGGCAUUCGUGGACCCCAAGCCGGAUACAAUAUCUGUAAUUCCACCACGCAAAACCAGGAGUCCAUGUGUCAAACGGCCAUCCUGAACAGCAUCGAUGAUUUUUGCAUCUGGGCUCCUCCCCAGCCUAACUCGACAAUUGCUGACACGGAAGGUAUUGAGGUGGCUUAUUGCACCAAGAACGGACGUGGUACUCGUCUGAUACCCCAGGGAACCCUUUGGGGUGUCUCUGUCUUGAACACCCCCCAAUAUGUCAUGAUCCUCGCUUUACUUAACCAGGCGAAUGUCAAUAUGCAAGCCAGUGAUUAUGGCGGUGAACUUGAUCCCCAUGGCGCUGAUGGAAACGGUAACCCUAUUGGUGGUCUGGUGUUCUCCACGCACAGUUUCGCUGGUGCCUCGGACAAUACUACACUUGGUCAAUUGACCGAGUGGACCUCUUUCAUUGGCGGCAAUCAAGUUUGUUUCAAGGGAUGUAACCCUGCUGAUGUUGGCGGAUGGAACACUGGCCUGUGCAACAACAUCUACGACGAGAUUGGUAUCGCCUACAACUGCCCGGGUACCGUCACCAACGGCACCUUCAUGGUCUGCGAUGCCGACCCUAUGUCGCCUGUCGGCAUCUACACUUCCAACGGUGUCACGAUGACCUACAGUCAGCCUGCUAGCGGUGUCAUCACCAGCAUGCCCUACACCCCCACCGUCCCUGCAACAUCCAACUGUGUUACCUACAAAUCUACCGAUCUCUAUACCGACCUCGCCUCCGUCACUGCCUCUUCGCAGUCCACCACGUCGGGUGGUUCUGCUACAAGUACCCCAACCUCCCAUUCUGGUUCAUCCGGCUCGAGCUCUGCCUCCCGCUCAGGCUCUUCGGGUGCUGCUGCAGCGACUGGCGCGAGUGGAACUAACGGCGCUUCUGCCAUGCACGUAUCUCUGGUUGCCACCCUAGCGGGUGUUGUGGCUGCAGUUGCGUUCCUGUCGUAA